AUGUCUCGGUUCUUGGACGUUGGAAAGACUUGCAUGUUACUUUGCUUUUUUUUUCUCACCAACCGAACAUGCUCCCUCCGUCUCUUUACUGUAUGGAGUAGUGCUUCCCACUUCCUCUCCACCGUAACGAAGCAUUUCAGGUUCCAUUCGAGGGGACGAUAUGACAUGGCUCAGAUUGCUUCCGUGCACAGCGCAUCUCGUUUCCCAAAGGGAGUUAUGUUUUUCUUUAGAAAAGGGAAUAAAAACAAGUUGUUCCAUGGCACGGACUUGCUACUCGUUAACAGACAUGCCAUCCCAGCGCCGACCCCGGCUAGAACUAGCAACCCUUCAUUUCAGCUCAUUAUGAACACGGAGGAGGGCCCGGGGGCCGGGGUAGUAAAUUGGGGGGUCUCCAACCGGGCAACUGACAAAAAACAGCAACUACUUGGUCCUUAUGGGUAUGUUUAA